AUGGGACCAAAGGGAGGAGAAGGUGGCGAGCCAACAAUUGUUGGAAUGGAUCAAGUCAAAAAUAAAAAAGGUUUUGUUCACAAAACAAUGACUGAGAAUGGUGAAAUUGAUAUUCCGUAUUUAUUAGAGAAAAAUCCUAAAUUACGAAAAAAAAUAGAAGAAAGUCCCACGUUUGGAAACAGGGGUCUAUCCACAUAUGUGUCAGUUUCGCUCUUUCUUUUAGCUCCUGCGAUUCCUUUAUUAAUUAAUAGUACUAUUCCUUAUCGAAUGAGUAAAAAUGAAGUACAAUAUCUGCAAAAUCCAAGAAGAUAUAAAAGUACAAAAGGAAAAUCAAAAGAAAAUGAGACAAGUCGCUUUCGACAGGAAACUGAAAAAGAAUCUCAAAUAAUUUCAAGAGAUUUCACUAAUACUUCAACCUUGGAUCGAUCUUUACUUGAGAAAUCGAAAGAAUUUUCAGAACUUAUCGGAGAAAAUCAUUACGAACAAAUAGUUGAUCAACUCAAAAUAGAAGAACAAGAUUUUGAUAAUAAAAUAGCAAAUUAUCAAUCACAAGAACAUUCAUUAGAAAUUGAUCUUAAUUUAAAACAACAAAGUAUAACACAAUUAGAAACUGAAUUAAAUCAAUAUCAAAGUAGAUUGAAUCAAUUAAGACAGGAAAAUUUAGAAUCAAUGCAAGAAGAAGCAUUAAAAUUAGGAGAAGAACUUGAACUAAUCACUCGACAGCAAGAACUACGAGAUAAAAGAAAUGAAAAAGCAUUAACUCAAAAUAUUUCUGUUACUAAUUUACAAACAUAUUCAAAAUUUCAUGGUCAAUAUCAAGAAGAAUAUAAUAAAAUGAAAAAAUCUUUAAGUGAAUAUAAAAAUGUCAAAGAAAUUCUAUUGAAAAAAAAACAAGAAGAAAACGCUAAAAUAGAAAAUGAAUUAGCAAAAUUAACUAAGAAUUUAAAAGAGAAUAGAAAAAAAUUAAGUUAUUUUAAAGAUGAGAAGCUUAAAUUAUUGACAGACGAGGCGAUUUUACGUGAAGAUAUUUUAGAAAAAACCCAAGAAGAAGUACAACAUGAACAUGAAUAUGAAAUCAAUUGUCUCUUAGAUCAAGAUAUUGACAUUCCAAGAAGUGGAAAAUUUUUUCUGAAUAAAAUUGAAAAACAUCCUUUUACACCUUUUGUUCGAAAAUUAACGGAUUAUGAUCAAAAGAACGAAAACUUGUUAUAUUUUCAAGUAUGGUAUGAUUCUCUUAGUGAAAUAAAAGAUGAUCAAUUAGUAGAACAUAUUGUUUUGUUAUUAAUCAAAUUCGAUCUAACACAAACUAAUUUUCGAAACAACAUAACCGAGUUAAUUAGUAAAAAUUGUACUCAAAAAGAUGAACAAAUUUUAUCUGAAUUUGAAACACGUUUUGAAUCACAAAAGAUCAAACAGUUUAAUCCAUAUUCUAUCUUAAUAGAAUCAUUCAAAUCAAUGGUAAAUCUAUUUAAAAAUAUUUCUCAAACGAAAUUUAAUUUAAAUCAAAUCGAACGAUUUUACAGAGGAAUUCAUUAUAGUUUCAAGAUCGACAUCAAUAAAAUAAAUGAAAAUAUUGAAAAGAUGAAGGUUAUUAAUGAUAAUUUAAAUGAUUUCGAAUUGAAUAAAAUUUUCGUUAAUUUUAUUAAACAAAUCGAAAUAAUAACCAUAGAAAAGUUUUUAGAUAAAAUGAAUAAAAUAAUGAGGAAUAAUUUAUUGAAAAAUUUGAAAUUAGUUUUGAAUUAUUUAAAUAAUCGAAAUGAAGAAAUGAUGUUUUUUGAUUUGGAUAAAGAUUUCUUAAAUCAAUUAUCAAAUCUAAGAAAAGAAUUAGGCAAUUUUAAUAAUAGUUUCUUAAUUAAUAUGGAAAAUGGAUUAAAAAAUAUAGAAAAAAAACGAUUUUUACAAGAUAUUAAUAUUAUAGAUGAUGUUGAACAAAUGAUUCAAAUAUUCGAUUCGAGACGAUUAUUUAGAUUAGAACAUUCGAGUAUUGAUUUUCAUCAUAAUGAUUUACAUUUGACUGAAUUAGAAUUAGAAAUGCUAGGAUUUAAUGAAAAUCCAACUUUCGAAGGACUUAUUUCAUUGGCUACCAAUUUCGAUAAAGUUAUUACGAGUAAAAAGAACUCUUUUUUUGGAGGGCAAAUGAAAAAUGAUACGAAAUUUUUUGAAGUGAUUAUUCAUAAUUUUGAUUAUUUUGCACAAAGUACACUCGACUCAAAUUUAUUGGAAAAAUUUAAAGAAGUUAUAAAUAAGUUUUCUGAUCAGCAACUACGUCAAGAACUUUUACAAAAAAUUGAGAAUAAAAAAUACUUGGAUGAAUUAAUAGCGUUCUUAAAACAAAAAGAUCUCUCUCCAAAAAUUUACGAUGAAAUUGUGAAUAAAUUGCUUUCAUCUGACAUUGAUCUCGAUGAAGAUAAGAAAACAUCUAUAAAAGAAAAAAUUAAUGAUGGAAAGAUUCAAUUGUUAUAUGAAGAGUUGUGUAGUUUAAUCCAUCCUGAUAAAGUAGAAGACAAAUACGAUCAAUUAGAUGAAACAAAUCAAGAUAUGAAUUUCAUAAAAAUAAUUCAAAAACUUAUUAAAGAAAAAUUUCUAAAUGUUAAUUUAGAAAAUAUGCCUUUAUCUAGUAUAGAAAGAGUCAUCGAAACAACUCUAGUACAAGUGUUUGAUGAACUGUAUGAUACCUACAAUGAUGGAUCAUCACGCGAUGAAGCGAAAACUGAUUAUAAAGUACAAAUUAAAUGA